AUGGUCCAGCAUUUUGCACGGACCGAACCGGAACGAGGUUCGGACCUUCCCGAACCGUUCCGAACCCGGAACCGAAUCUUCCUUGCAACGCCUUCAAGGCUCAAGCACACGCUUAUGGUCAUUUUGACUUCUCGAUCCUCAAGAUUCGCCAUGGUCACUUUGACCUUUGGCAUUCUCAAGACUUUUUUCGACUUAUCCUGUCCGGAGGUUCGCAUCCCGCACACCCUGCUGUCCGAUAAAGCCUACCUGUCCAAUCAAGCUCGAGGAUCUGUCAAUGCAUACUACGAGUUAGUAGGAGAUUGGGUAUUCACAUAUAAAGGGAGCAAGCACAGUGUGCCCUCAACCCAGACGGGUCUCUAA